AUGGUUGAGGACGAGAGAUUCCAGGAUUUCUUAGCAGCACCGCUCAACAAUGACAAGCGGUUCGUGUCGUUCCGCGUCGGAAUGGACAAGAAUGGGAGCUACCGCUUACAUCGGUCUAUUGUGGACUCGGUCCCAGAUCACCUGGCCGAUCGAGUUACCUCGUUCCCAGUGUAUGACUUGGACGACGAGUUUUCCUGCGAGCAGGACCCCAGUCCGCUGGCGUUUCCGCCGUAUUUGAGGUCACUGACUGUGAUUAACUCGAAAUGUGCGGGCGGCAGCACUGGCGGAGAGGUUUAUUUCAACGUGCUGAGUCCGUUGCUAAAGGCCUUCCGACUGAGGCACGUCUAUGUGGCAACCGACUCACAACAAUCAAUCUCCAACCACGCGCGGUCGUUUUCGUCUUCUGCCAGUGUCAUUAUUAUUGGCGGAGACACAUCGGUGCACGAGUUUGUCAAUUUUCUCUCUCCAUCGCACGACACAGAACUUCGCCUAUCGGUUAUUCCUGCUGGCACGGGUAAUGCACUGAUGGCCUCGUUGGGAAUCACAUCUCCAAUCCAGAUCAUAGGACGGCUAUUUCUUUCUGAUGACUUCUUACCCUUGGCGGCUUUCCCCGUGCACUUUCCACCUGGGUCCCGCGGCAUCAACACCAUUGACCCCGAUCGUCUGUCUUACCAAGCGCUCGUUGUUGCAUCAUGGGGGUUCCAUGCGUCGCUAGUAUACGAGGCUGAUUCCGCCGAAAUGAGGCAAUCUGGGGCUGACCGGUUUGCCUUGGCAGCAAGCAAGCUAAUAACUACAGUAGACCAGUCGUAUGACGGCCGCGUCCUUGACGCGCCUACACCGAUUGGAUCGCCCAUUUCCUAUUUAUUGUUCACCACCGUGACGAACCUCGAGGCAGAUUUCCCGAUCUCGCCUCUAUGCCAACCUCCAUCGUCCUGCAAGCUCUACUGCGUUGCCGUUCCCAAAGUACCUAAUUCAGAGCUCAUGGACAUCAUGAAAGAGGUCUACAAUAGUUCAUCGCAUGUUAAUGACCCCAGGGUUGUGUACGAGCAUAUUCAUGAUUUUUGCCAUAUCCAGAUCGACGACGCAGACUCGACACGGCGCGCCUGGUGCGUCGAUGGAAGCAUCGUCGAAGCAGCAACUGGCAUCGUGACAAUUGGCAAACCCUCUACUUCUUAUAAUGGAUGGAAGCUACUCAUAAAAAUAUGA